AUGACCUCCACCGCGGCCACGCAAGACUCAAAAGCCUUGUCAGGGGCCACCAAGGCUGGCAGGAGCAAUAGCAACGGCAGCAAUAAUAACAACCAUGACAACAGGGGCAACCACUCGUCCGAGAGAGCCGGCAACAAGGCCACGCUCACCGACACCACCAUGGACACUAAGGACACAACCCCACUCCGCUCACAGAAUAUUGCGGACAAGUCGAGGCCUGUCUCUUCACCAGGCGCUAUGCCCAAAUCCAUUCUCCGGAUCUCCAGCCCCGACGGCUAUAAACGGCCGCGUCCACUCAGCUCACAUGGUCUAACUUCAGACGCUGCCCCUCCCGGCCUCGCUCCAUCACCUCAUUCUCUACCAAGUCCCAGCAACACUAUCACCGUCAAAGACCCGCCGUCAACCACACCACCACCUUCACCCCCCAUCACACGCCCCAUGUCUCCAGGCACGACGGUCCGUUUCGCCAAAGCCACCAUUCACCGCGUAGAAGUCGGCCCCGGCCGCCGCUUCAUGCCCGUCAAACGCAAGAGCAAAAGCACACUCACCUACAUUUCUCCACUCGACCCGGGAACGCAGAGGGGCGCGCCCAAAACCAUGCUUCAGAGCCCGACCAAGCUACGCCGUCACCAGGAGAACCAGGCCGCCAUGGGGCGGUACUGGCUCCGUACCGAGGAGGAGGAGGCGCAGUGGCGCGCUGAAGCCGAGAAGAGGGCUGAGGAAGAGGCGGAACGGUACCGGAACGAGCCGGCUAGUCCACCGCCGUCGACUAGCUCGGGUGCGUCUGUCAGUGGGGAUUCGGAUGGUGGAGGUGGCUUGGCGAGUAAAGUUAAAGAUAUCGAUAAGUUACCGUUGUUGAAUAAGAACGGGCCGGCGUUGGAUAAGGUGGAGGAAGAGGAGGCCGAGUCGGAAGAUGGGGAUGAGGAGGCUGGAGCGAGGUGCGAUGCGGAGCCCGAGGCCGAGGCCGAGCCAGUCCCAUCAAAGAGGGCAGAGAUGGAGGUGCGGACGACCAAGGAGAGCAUGCCGGAAUCUCGGGGGUUGAUUGUCGCGACCAAACCCGCGGUCUUAGACUCCCCCGUAUCGGCGAUACCCGAAACACCUGCAACGCGGCCGUCGGAGUCCAAAUCUUUCUCUCAGAGGCUAGCCGAUAAAAGGAAAGAGGCCGAAGUACGUGCCGUCCGAACAACCACUGUCCCGACAACAACCUUUGCCCACGCUCGCGCGGCAUCCCCCAGCUCCAGCAGCGGCGAGAGUUCCGGUUCCGCUCGAUCGUCUUCCUCUUUCCUAGCUCAGCAACCCCCUCGAACCAGCACGACCAAUAUCAACCUUGUCAACACCCAGCCCUCGAACCUUACCCGCAUCGACGCCGUGACAGCCCCAGAAACCCCAACUACGCCAGCAACCUCAGCCACGCCAAUAAUCACCCCGGCCCCUAUCCGCCAGCAACUCACCCGUUCCCCUUCUCGUCGCGCCUCCCGACUCCUCUCCCGACCAUCCUCCCGCUCUCCCGCCAACUCCCCCUGUUCAUCCCGCUCUUCUUCCUGUUCCUCCUCCCGCUCCUUCGUCUCAUCCGAGAAAGACAAGACCACCCAAAACGAAAACGACACUCCAACCUCUCCUCGAGAGAACCACGCCGGUACCUACCACCCCCAACUCCAGCACGCACACAUCACCCGACCCCUCUCUCUAUCCUCUCCCCGGUCAACCAUGAGCCUGAGGGCGUCAUCGUCGUCAUCAUCGAGUGGUGGGAGUUCAAGCGGCACCGAAGAGCCUCGGUCGAGAAUGUACGUCUCGCGGUCGAUAAGCCACGGGAACAUGAACCUCAGCGGCGGGAGUCGGGGUGGAAUGUCGGAGGAGAGUGCCACCGCCAGCUGGAGCAGUGGGGGAGGGAGUGGUGUGAAUCAUUUGCAUUUGUCUGGGAGGAGGGGGAGUCGGCGGUUUUUGGAGGAUCAUAAGGAGGGGAUUGUGGCGUAA